CACACACACACACACACACACACACACACACACACCAUCCUCUCUUUCUGACCUAUUUGUCAACCUGUCUAUAAUGAUUUGCUUCCAGCUGUUCCAGGACUUUUCAGACUUUCUUUCCACUCAGCUGUUUGAAACUCACUUUCCUGGUGAAUUCAGACACUGACUGACCGUUACUCACCUGAUGUGGGACGGUGUCUGUGCAGUCGCGUCCGACACGUGCGAGCAGCUUCAUUAGUUAAAUUCAGCAAAAGUGAUGAAUAGCAAACAGGUGUGAGAGGAGGGAACAUGACAGAGAUGCUCUGAAGGUUCGAUCGGCACCAACGGGGUUCUAACGUCACAGCUUCGUCUAAUUGCCUGGUAAUUACUGGCUUUUAGCUCACACUCAUCUAAGGAAGCUUCUCUCAGAUGCUGAUGUUUCGCUUUUUAAUUUUUGUUUAUCUUUGCUCUUCAAGUAAAUAUCUAAAAGACACGCCGAGCAAACGAGACGUUCCUCAUUAUAGUUUCAAGCCUUGAGCCAAGCAGAGUGUUGCAUCAAAGCCUCUUCACAUUAAUCAUCUCAGAAAUCCACAUUAGAUGAUGCUUUUGUCUGCUGGUUCUGCAUGAAUUAUUCCACAGCGUGUUGAAGAGCAGUCUCCUGCUGCUCUCUGCUCCGCGGCCUGAGCUCCGGACAGACGUCGCAGUAAUUGAAUUGUGCUUUGAAUGACUGAGGACUUUUGUCGUCUCACUCAAUUAAGCACAAAGGCCGCUGGUGGCGGCUUCCACUCGACUGGUCAUGUGCUGCUGUGUGAAUCUCCUGCACCGGCAAAUUUCCAGCGCAGUGGUUCAGUUGUUUAUAAAGAUGAGAGGUCUAAAUUGGAUGAAGUUCUGCUGUCGACGACAAUUCAAACUGUGCAGCAGUAAAUCUGUUUUCUGACUUUCAGACCCAGUUCAGCUGUUGAUAUAAUUGUCUUUCAACGGCAUUUUAGAUUUUCUAACAAAUAAAAUCAGAAACUAAAAUAUCAUGAGACUUCGUGCCAGCGAGCGCUAAAGUAGUUUAGAGCUUUGGGUCGUUGUUGAAGGGAUGAUUUGAAGGAGCCUCGUGUUCCUGUGUGGUCCUCGUCUCCUCGCUCUCAGCGCCAUGGUUACCGUCCGGACCGCUGUGAGUCUGACCCGCUCGAUGCCACACAGUGUGACACACUGCAGCUCUGCCUCAGGAAGGAAACCAGGCACUUCAUUUGCAGGUUCCCUCCACCAGUAGGAAAUCACCACAUCUUUUACCGUGCGCCGGCCGUUAGUGAGAGGGUCGAUGAGGCCGUCGGCGCUGCAGAGUAUUACUAUGCGUCUGGAGCGUUUCUUAAAAGCUCUGCUGUAUAUAAGUUAAUUACUUCUUUGAGGAGAUGCCAUCCAGUGCCUUGGUCCUUACGUUCGCUACAUCAUGUAGAGGUCGGGCACUAAAGGUGAGUCAUAAGAUUUCCAUCUCUUCAGCUGGUGGGCACUUACUUGUAGCUGCUCCUGUUAUUAAGCUUAAGUGUUUCAGUGCAAGGAUGAAGAGGAUGGAAGCGGUGGCUGUGGCGGGUCAGACCGUUCCUACACUGAGAUGUGGGGGUCGGGUCCAGGCUGUUCCUCCAAACGGUUUGUCCGUGCCUGAGUAAUUGAAUUGUAGUAGCAGCCAGCUGAUGUCCACUCUGGAGAAUGAAGGAGGCGGAUGAAUCCGAAGAUCAACCAACUGGCAAAGAUGCCAGUAAAUUCAAAUAUGUAGGGUGCCAAUGGGUGGUUUGCUGUCUGACCUCUGACCUUUCUGAUAGCGUGAACGUUAUAAGCCACAGUUUGUUGUCGACGCUGUUUGUGCUGUUCUGAUUCUGGUUCUGGUCUCCAUUCUCGUCUUCUCUGUCUUUGUAGGUGUGGAUGUGCGGUGGGCGGAUGGAGGACAUCCCAUGUUCCAGGGUGGGACACAUCUACAGGAAGUACGUCCCCUACAAGGUUCCUGGCGGCGUCAGCCUGGCCAGGAACCUGAAGCGCGUGGCGGAGGUGUGGAUGGACGAGUACGCCGAGUUCAUCUACCAGCGCCGGCCCGAGUACCGCCACCUGUCGGCCGGAGACAUGACCGUGCAGAAGGAGCUGAGGAACCGCCUCAGCUGCAGGAGCUUCAAGUGGUUCAUGGACGAGGUGGCGUGGGACCUGCCCAAGCACUACCCGCCCGUGGAGCCUCCGGCCGGCGCCUGGGGGGAGAUCCGUAACGCGGGCAGCAACAUGUGUCUGGAGAGUAAACACGUCGUGUCUGGGAGCCCCAUCCGACUGGAGAACUGUGUGAAGGGACGGGGCGAGGUGAGCUGGAGCCACGGACAGGUGUUUACAUUCGGUUGGAGGGAGGACAUCCGGGUCGGCGACCCCAUGCACACCAAGAAAGUCUGCUUCGACGCCAUCUCCCACAACAGCCCCGUCACCCUGUACGACUGCCACGGCAUGAAGGGGAACCAGCUGUGGCGCUACAGGAAGGAUCGGAGUCUGUUUCACCCCGUCAGUAACAGCUGCAUGGACAGCAGCCCCAGCGAGCGGCGCAUCUUCAUGAGCACGUGCGACCCCUCCUCUCCCAGCCAGCAGUGGCUGUUUGAGAGAACCAACGCCACCGUGCUGGAUCACUUCAACAGCGGGACCAACUGAGGUCCGGCGGCGGAUGAAAGAGUCGGACGCGAGCAGGACGAGCGCUUGUGCUGCGCUCGUUGCCGUGGUGACAGCUGUUUGUGUGUGGGCUGCUCAACACUGGAUGGGGAGUUAGAGGAAAGGCUGAGUUGAGCUCCGAUCGAUGCGUUUGGGUUGAAUGCUGGUUGUGUGAGUGCUAUCUGCAGCCGUACGGAGCCGCUGGAUCUGUCUACUUCCUGAUUAAGCUGUUGAUUGAUUCUCUCACAUUCCUCAUUCCUUCCUCACGUCUCUGCCUUUAUCUGUUGCCUUUCAACCGCUCGCUGUCCACCUCCCUGUGUGUCCACCCGCCUGCAUGACCUGCUGACGAUCCUCCUGAGUUGAGCUGCCGACACUUGGGUGAAGCCGAGCAGAACCACUUCACCUGGUGAAUGGACUUUUCCUCCCUCGUGCUCUUCCUUUCUCACCUGCCGUCAGUGGGCGGAGGCGCUUUGAGCUCAGCCGGAGAACGUUGCCCCCCCCCCCUCACUGGUCUCUCACUGUGUCGUGGUUCUGGAUCCUCGCGGAGCCACGGUUCGAGCGGCUCAGGCCUCGGGCUCUGCUGCGAUGGUGGAGUCACACCUUCGCGGGUGCUGCUGGAUGACUGGCUCCGUGACUGGCAGCACAGAUGAUUCACAGCGGAGCCGCCCGACUGGCCGGCUGCCGAGCUGACACAUCACUUCAGCGUGGAGCGGGAGGAGAAGCGGGCAGGGAGUUUGUGUGGAUGGGCUCACGGAGGUCCUCUGACUGAGACUAAUGUAGGGUUUCAAAUGCAUUAAGCACUUGUGUAAUGAUAAACUUGAAUGAAAUCUUAGUGCCUUGUUGGAAGAGGACUUGAUGGUGUGUGUGUGUGUGUGUGUGUGUGUGUGUGUGUGUGUGUGUGUGUGUGUGUGUGUGUGUGUGUGUGUGUGUGUGUGUGUGUGUGUGUGUGUGUGUGUGAGUGACAUUGGGGCGUUUUGGGGCUGAACAGAGUUUCACUUGGCCCUGUAACUACGAGCUCAGCUGCGCGCUGUGAAUAGAGCUCAACCCUCCACAUCUUUCUCACCUUUUGAAUCCAAAGUCUUUUAUUAGGAAAAGGAUUUUUUAUUGUUGUUGUUGCUUUUUUUGUUUACCAACUUUUUGUUAUAUGUUGUGUCAUCCUUUUUUUGAUGCUGAUGACUUUUACAUUGAUUUGUAAUCGUGAUAGUCAAACUGAACAAUGUAGCGCAAAAGUCCAAGUUAGUGUCAAAAGAAAACAUUGAGCUGAUUUGAAGCGAACACUUGGUUUGUGUUCUCAGCGUUUGGAAUCUAGUUUGGCUUUGUUAAGUGACUGGAACCGCAGGUUCCCUACAGACCGAACUGGAUUUGGUCUGUUUCCAACAUUCCUGCUUUUAUUUCAUUUAUGAUCUGAUCAAGUCUUGACCUUGUUGUAAAUGUGUGUUUGUGAGUCUGUUUGUGUGACGGCUUCUUUUCUCUUUCACCUCCUGCUCAGUUUGAGCUCGUCCUUUUUGUCUCGUUUGAUCCCAGACCUGAAACAGUGGAGGAGAUGAGCUCCUCGUUACCUGUGAACAGGCCUCGCGUCUCUGUGGGACACAUCAGAUUCCCCCUUUAACAGGGACCACGUCUACUUUCACAGUAACAGGACAAAGGUCCAGCUGCCGUGACUCACUGUCAGCAGACGAUCCGGAUAAAUGGAGGAACGAAAUGAUGUCAAACACUGAGGAACCUUGGUGCCGUCACACAAAUGUUCCAGAACCGCUCAUCGCUCAGAUUCUCAGAAACACAAGACAACAUGAAAGUGAACAUAAGGAUCAGUGAUGACUGAACGUCCCAAACGUGACUGGUUCCGUCCGUACGUCCACAGUCGCGUGGUUUCUUCAGCCUCUUCCUGCGUCGUCCACUUCAGAACCUCCAGACGUCCACCUCUCAUUGUUGCCAUAAGAUCACAAAUAUGUUGCAUUUUCCAACAGAAGAACCUCAAGAGGUUUCGCUCAUUUUUCCUCGUUACUUUAUGUUUAGAACUUUCUAAUGUGACGUGUUGUUUUCUAUGAGCCUGAGUCUUUACCGUCCGUGACAGCUCUGACUCGUGUUCUACGUGAUCGUAUGUGAAUUUUCAUGUGUAGGGAAAUGUACAUUUUGUAUGUCAUGAAAAAUAUCCAAUAUUUUUUUCUAUUGACAUCACAACUGUAAAGGUGUAUUUAGAUAUUUAACAAACUGUACAAUUAAACGGGAAUUGUAUCAUAUUUUUUGCUGAAAAUUGUAAAAUUAAAGGUUUCUAUAUUUGGAUGAA